AGCCGUCUGAUUUAAUCUCAAAAAAGAAACAUGGGUCGGAAGAGUAGCUUUCAUAUGGAAACUUCUAUCAUUGGUAGAUAAGCAGUUAACAUUGAAAUAGAAUAUGAAGCAGAUGCGAUUCCUUCUUCCGCAGUCCUUUCUUGACUACUGAAUCAUCUCUUCCUUCCAUUCCAUGCUCUCCGAUGAAGUGUUUCCAUUUCUCAAACGGAGGAUCAGAAAAACAACGAGUAGUAGGAGAAGACGAAGAAACUUCAGCAUCAAGUUCAAGAGGUUCACGUGUCUCAUGGGCGCGUUCCUUAAGCUUAAUGGACACGCGCCGUUCCGAAUACGAUUCCGAUUCACGUGACUUUUCCGAUACUCUUGGUUUCCAUGAGUUUCUCUCUCAACGCCGAGCUAAUCAUCUUAACAUCUUUUCCUUCUCCGACCUCAAAAUCGCUACUCGUGGAUUCAAUAGAGCUCUUUUGAUUGGUGAAGGUGGUUUUGGUUCUGUUUAUAGAGGAACCCUAAAUCAUCACUCUCAUCGUUCUCAAAUUGAUGUUGCGAUUAAACAGCUGAAUCGUAAUGGUCAUCAGUUUUCAGGGGCAUAAGGAGUGGAUUAAUGAAGUGAAUUUGUUAGGGGUAAUUAAGCAUCCAAAUCUGGUGAGGUUAGUGGGUUAUUGUGCUGAAGAUGAUGAAAGAGGGAUUCAGAGACUUUUGGUGUAUGAGUUUAUGUCUAAUAAGAGUUUGGAAGAUCAUCUUUUGGUUCGUGUUCCUUCGUCGGUUCUUCCAUGGAUUACUAGGUUAAGAAUUGCUCAAGAUGCAGCUCGUGGGUUGGCUUACCUACAUGAAGAAAUGGAUUUUCAGCUAAUAUUUCGCGAUUUUAAAACAUCCAACAUCUUGCUGGAUGAGGACUUCAAUGCAAAGCUUUCUGAUUUUGGACUCGCUAGGCAAGGACCGUCAGAAGGGUUUGGCUAUGUUUCAACAGCAGUUGUUGGCACCAUAGGAUAUGCUGCACCAGAGUAUGUUCAUACCGGUAAGCUGACUGCUAAGAGUGAUGUGUGGAGCUUUGGUGUAGUUCUUUAUGAGCUUAUCACUGGGAGGAGAGCCGUAGAAAGAAACCUACCAAGAAACGAACAAAAGCUUCUGGAUUGGGUAAGACCUUAUGUAUCUGAUUCUAGGAAGUUCCAUCAUAUUGUUGAUCCCCGACUUGAGGGACAGGAUUGCACCAAAUCAGCUCAUAAACUUGCAAUCCUAGCAAACAAGUGUCUGAUGAAGCAGCCAAAAUCUCGGCCAAAAAUGAGCGAGGUAGUUGAGAUUCUCGACAGCAUUAUCAACGAGACUGUUCCUGUCGAUGAAUGCGUUUCUGAAGUUGUUACUGAAACAGGAGAAGGAAAUGAAGUUAAUUUAUCUGUAGAGGUCACUGAACCUGAACGAGCUAAACAGGGGAGUAAUUAUCUGAAGAAGGUUUUUUCAAGAGACAAGGUGAGCUUAAGAAAUAAAUCCAUUGGAAGGUUUGAUUGGAAAAAUUGGGCGCCUGGACUUGUAAGAACUUGGUGAUAAGUGAUCUUCAUUCAUAUCUUGGAAAGCAAAAUCUUCUACUACAGUUGCCUGCUUCAUCGCAAUGCUCGAUGAUCACAUAGUUUCAGUCAGCGAAAUCGGCUUUGUUAGGCACAUGGUUAACAUAAUUAUCAUAGUCAAUUUUGUAUUAGUUAAUAAUUGUGUGUACAGGAUAAUUUUAAGCAAAGCUAUUUAAUAUUAAGUGAUUUGAGCUUGUUGAUAUUAACUACGAAUCCAGUCAUGAAAGCAAGGUUUAGGUAGUGAAUGAAUGUGUAUAUAUUGAACUACAUUUGAUUGAAAGGCAUGAAUUGUUAGACUCUGA